ACAAUUUAAAGAUGCACAUGCGAACGCACACUGGUGAGAAACCAUUUAGUUGCAGUCAUUGCGCGGCAUGCUUUGCUCACAAAAAUUCUUUAACGGCACAUGUUCGCACGCAUACUGAUGAGAAACCAUUCAGUUGCAGUCAUUGCUCCUCCUCUUUCAGUAGGAACGAUAAUUGCAUGGUACACAUGCGAACGCACACUGGCGAGAAACCAUUCAGUUGCAGUCAUUGUUCGGCUUACUUCUCUAAAAAAAUCACUUUCAAGAGACAUUUGCGAAUGCAUUCAGGCGAAAAACCCUAGAGUUUUAGUCACUGCUCAUCUCCUUUUCGGCUACAAAGGCAUUUAACGGAGCAUACUGCGAUCAGAGACAAGAGACC